AUAAGUUUCUUGCAAUUAGAUUUUUGAAUAGUUUCCAAAACAAUUUUUUGCACAGCGACCUAGGAAGUUUCAGAGCAACAGAUAUUUAAAUUUCUGUUGACAGAAUGAUGACAGGGAGGGAAUUAGGAGCCAAGGUCUCCAGCCUCUUCGAUGUGGCAGCCCAGCACCGACCCCUGAAGAACGCGGGUUCCAGCGUCAUCUCGUUUGUCUGCGACCCCCGUCAUGAUGACGACAUGCACAAGGCCAAAAAGGUUUAUUAUGAAAAUACCUAUCAGCUAGAUCCUCCCGCGAAGUUCAGAGCAGACAAAGUCAAACCCAUCAUAGAGAAGGUCCUGGAAACUCAUCUUGAAGGGAAGAAAUAUGAUCCUGUAGAGUGUUCCAUUCUUUCCAAGAAACUGUCUGACGAAAUCAAACAGAAAGUCAAGGAACUGGAUUUCAAAAGAUACAAACUGGUGUGUACAGUUACGAUUGGACAGAAGCACAACCAGGGGGUACAGAUCGGCUCACGGUAUCUCUGGGACGCCGACAGAGACAACUUUGCUGCCGCUUCCUUCCACAACCGCCAUAUCUUCGCCGACGGCUCGGUUUACGCUCUCUAUUACGAGUGAUGCAAUGUUUUCCGACACCUCCAUUUUGUCUUUCUGACGAUAUUUCCACAGUUCUAGUCAUUACCAGGAUUCAAAAAUCAAAAUUACUUGAAUCGUUUUAUUAAUAUGUUUAAAACUUGUUGUACGAUUUGAAUGAAUGUUUUCAAUGAA